AUGUUAUAUUCCCCAAAUAAUUCACAUUAUUCCAUUGCCUCAUCUUCAUUUCUGUUGAGUUUUGCUUCCUUUGCUUUCAAUAUCCCUAGGUUGCAGCACAGCCUCGCCCCCUCCGAUCGGCUCAGUGAUGAGCAUGUGCUGAUAGCAGCCUAUGUGAGCCAGCUACAAAGCAGUACACGCAGUGUCCUGGACAGUCCUAGCAGACUGGAUGAAGAGCACCGGUUAAUUGCUCGGUAUGCUGCCAGGUUAGCUGCUGAAGCUGGAAAUGUGACACGGCCACCAAUAGAUCUGGGGUUCAAUUUUGAUGCCAACAAACAGCAAAGGCAACUGAUAGCAGAGCUGGAAAACAAGAACAGAGAAAUUCUGCAAGAAAUUCAGCGCCUCAGACUGGAACAUGAACAGGCCUCCCAGCCAACACCUGAAAAAGCCCAACAGAAUCCAACUUUGCUGGCAGAAUUAAGGCUAUUGAGGCAGAGGAAAGAUGAAUUGGAACAACGAAUGUCUGCUCUUCAGGAAAGCCGAAGGGAACUGAUGGUACAGCUGGAAGGACUCAUGAAGCUGCUCAAGGAAGAAGAACAAAAACAGGCAGCUCAGGCAGCUGGUUCUCCACACACUUCCCCCACCCAUGGGGCUGGCCGCUCGAUGCCAAUGCCAGUCAGGUCCACAUCUGCUGGUUCUACCCCAACUCAUGUACCCCAAGAUUCACUUACUGGUGUUGGUGGAGAUGUCCAGGAAGCAUUUGCACAAGGAACUCGGCGGAACCUCCGUAAUGAUUUGCUGGUAGCAGCUGAUUCAAUUACCAACACGAUGUCAUAUUUGGUGAAGGAGCUUCAUUCAGGGGGAGAGGAAGGAGGCGAGGAGGAGGAAGAGGAGGACAAGAUGCAGAAUGGGAAAGACCGAGGUAACAAGGUGUGAGCUCCUAUUCUAAAGACGUCUCCUCAUCCUUCAGAAGAGGCAUGAUCCAACUGACACAUCCACCAUUGUGAAGCUGUGACUAACGCAACUAUUGCAGGGGAGCAGUCUUCUUCCAACAGACAGAGCGGCUUUCUGGGGGGGAGGGCAGGGGCAUCUCCUUAAGUUUGCAUGUCCUAUUUCUGUAGGUGUCCCAGUGCUAACUGGACAAAGCCUCAUCUCUGUUUCAAUGAGAAAGCUUUUCGAAUAAUGGCUUCUGAAAAUGCAAGCCGCCUUCCUGUAAAUUGUCCCCAUUCUCUCCCUGGGCUUCAUUGUUCACACCUUACCAUGCACUGGCAGUUCCAUUUGUGAUCUUCAGUCCCUCAUGAGCAGACUUGCAACUGGCUGAGUUUCUUCACUAAGUAACAGAGAUGAAUGCAGGCUGUGGACUGAUGUGACAGCAGCCUCUCUUGCCUUUUCAGAAUGCUGCUUUUGUCUAUGAAUGGCAGGUUGCUUGGGUUGUUUGUGAAUGCAUGUCACACAGUGCAGGUGAGAAGUAAGGUGUGUGAGACAGUGGUGGUGCUGCCAGGAGGCAACUGACUUGGGCACCACUAAAGAUGGUUUAGUGAUAAAUGGACAGUUCUGACCCACAGGGCCAAACCAUCUGGAGAUUUUUCUCUGUCAGUCUCAUCAAAAUGAAUGAGAGCACCACUAGAAAGCACCACUAGAACAUCACCACCAUGCCCCCAUGCAGCUGGCUUGCUUCACUGAGGGUCGUAUAGGGUAGUGACUUGGUAGAUGCGCCCUUUGUUUCAUUUCAUUAAAUGGGCAGCUUUGAGGAUUUCCACCAUGAUACUCUAGUGUGCCUUUCAUCAGCCCUGAUGACAGGAGAAGCAUGGGAGAAAGGUCCAGCAUCUGGAAGCUACCUUUAGAGAAUUCUCAGAACAGGUGGUUUUGUGAUUGUUGCCUUACAUGAUGACUCAGUGAAAAGAAAGCUGUUUUGAGCAAGUACUGCUAUCACCCAAUGCCCUUUCCAGCAUCAAAUGCCAGUCAUGCAGUGAAGCAGUCAGCCUGCCUGCUCUGGUGUCUGAGGAACCUUUCAGUCCCUUCCAUCCAUAAGUGAUUCCCUUUUCCUUUCAGAGGCUUGCUCUGAUGGAGAUAUGGAGUAGCCUCAGAGUGAACUCUGACUGAGCUGGCUGGCUGUGCUGGUUCUCCAGGGAACAGGCUUACAAGUUCCAUAUUGCCUUUUAGGGGUAAGAGAAAGUCAUGCACAAAUGUUCAACUGAUUGUUUUUGAAGAUCUGAAACUCCAGUUUUAGGACCAAGAGCUUCAUUUUGCUAAAACCCCAAUUUGUACAGUCAUACAGGAGAGUUCUACAUCUAUCCUCUUUUGUUUGUUCAGAUUAGGUAAUUGAAAUGUUGCUAUCCUUUGCAUUAUAAAUAGUUGCCUGUAGCUAUAGAAAUACACAUGGACAGAUACCCAAAACUGGGAUUAGUGUGACCACAGCAAAACCUGCAAUCAGAAAUUAAGGGAUUUUUAACCAUUUUGCUUAACCAUUUUGCCAACACAGGGCAUACCUGACUGGGACAGGCCAGAGGUUCUUCAGUUCAGCAACCAUAUUUAGGUUCCUCUGUCAUGACAACCCUCCAUCAUGUAUAGUAGGUGGGCAGAGAAACUUGAUUUUUUGCUAAACCUUCUAGAAGAAGCCAAUAGUGAACCAUUUCCAUGUAGUAACAAAGAAAAUUACUUAGAAGUCUACGUAGUCACCAAGAAUUGAGUCAAUUCAAGAGGCUGUUUACCUUGUUGGAAGUACAAAAUCAUUACCAUUACUAUACAGGUCUACUGAUCAAAAUCAAAUAUCUGCUAGCAGAUGCUAUUUUGCCUUCUGUCCAACCCUGAACUACAUGACAGAGCAAUCCCUGCUUAUGAAACAUUCUUUCCAUCUCCUGCCACCUCCCAUUCUAGAAGCUGAGAGGUCAUGCUGGAUGAGAUGAUUUGCUAGAUCUCACAAUGGGCCCCUCUACGCACAAAUGCCAGCCUCAGGAGUAGGUGCAGCAGCUUUCAACCAGCCCCAAAUUGCCAAUUGCCACUGUCUAUUGCAGCUGAAAAGGUCCUGCAUAUUGAUCCCCAGAAGCUUCUCUUCCUGCUGUCGUCUACCUCCAGAGCCAAACUCUUAUGCAGUUGUAUCUCUGUCCUUUCUUGCAAGCCACUCCAGGAGGUGAAUAUAACAGAAAGGCUCAGUCCUCCAUGAAACUCCAGGAUCUCUUGUUCAGGCUGCGACAAGACAGAUGAGUGAGAUUUGUAGCCUCCGCUUGUUAAAAGUGACUCCCAAUGCCAUGAGUCUGGAUCAUGUCAUCCAUAACACCAUAUAUUUUAGCCUACAAAGCAACAUAUGUUUCAUAUUACUGGAGCUGAAGGGCUCAUGGGUUGGCUUUAAGGCAGUUUUUAAGCCUUCCUGACAGGCUGAGAUACCUAGAGGGGCUAUUGGCUCACCCAUCCCUCUGCAUUCCACAGGAGCUUAGGAAGUACUCCCUUUCCUCAAACUGCCCUUCACCUGUAACACUUGGGCUUGGAGGUCAGGUAUAUCACUGAGCUCUUGGCCAAAGUUCAACAGCCACACAGUAAGUCCUGAUGGAAGCAGUGUCAAAUUGAACUAGGCUUCACUUCUGGUACACUAAAGCUUUUCUUGAACCUUCAGCAAAUCAUUGUGUCUCCUUUUUCUUUAGUAUGGCCCAGAUUUCUUCUGCUUGGACUUCUGGGUAGGCCAGAAAAUCAAUGAAGAAUGCCUCUGAGCACACACAAAGUUCAUCUGAGGAUCCUGCAUGGCUCUGAAUUGCACCUCUGACCUUGUUGAAAGGAGAAAUCCUGAAAAAAUAUUUGGUAAGAGAUAAAAUAAGGGGUCAAGCUCUUUCUCUGCCAUCUGCUGCUAAGUAACAUCUUGGCAACUAUAUUGCUGAGGCUGAAGAUGUGCCCAAGACUGCUGGUUCAGCCAGCUGGUCCCCAGAGAAUUUGGCAUUGCUGCUCCAGCUGACCCAUGCAUGCUUGCCAACCCUUCAGGCCCUCUCUCUUUUCUAGGUGUGAACUCUUGCAAUUCAGGCAAAACAUUUUUUGGCUGCUGUGAUUUGGCAAGGAGGGGAAUCUGUUCCAAAGCAUUUUGCAGUGUGCUUUUCAAUAUCGUGAAUGUGCCUUUGAAAGCCAGGAGACAGAAAGAUCUCCCAACUGCAGUUGAAAAAGAUCUGCUCUCUGGGCAUGUGUGCAAGGCUUAGUGCUGUCUAAUAUUUUUAGCAUCUGGAAGUCAAAGGACAGGCACCUGCUUUUCAAGAUGCAUUAAAUAGCUGUUUUCACCAAGAUCUGAUUAUCCUUGAAGUUGGGAACUUAGCUAUCCUUAGACUAUGCUCACAUGACAUACUAACCACAAACUAAUCCAGGCUUUGUGAAUAAUUUAUAUCUCAAUAUAUUGUGUGAACCCAGAAAAAUGGGUAAUUGAGUAAACUAUGUUUCAGCCAACCAUGGAUAAGUGUGUCAUGCAGACCCAGCCAAAGUGUCACUGUAGGGGUGGAAAUUUUUCACUAUCUAUCUGUAUCAAAAACAUUUCUUUUGAAUCCAUACCUUGUGGUUUUGAAGUAUGUGGCCAAGAAGAACCUACAGUAUGGCUGGCAGUUUAUGAACAGAGUAAAGCAAGAUUGUGGGGCUGGAGUCAGAUCCAAAGAUGCCUUGUAAAUGGGAAGGAAGAGGGAGGCAUCCAGUUUUUGUUUACUUGCAGCAAUAUGGCGCUCGGAGCAGGGAUAACGGCUUGGGUAAGUCUCCUUCAGGAAUCCCUGAGUGAUGCUACUGCUGUUGGGGGAAACCAGCCUUUCAGAUCCAUCAUCCUGCACUUGUGGAUAUCUGGCUCACAGUGCUGAGUCAGUAGCUUUUCACAUACCACGGCAUCAGCAUGGUAAAAUAAAUAGCACCAAAAAAAGGACAUUGGACGGUGAGCAGCAGUAAAACUUCUCUUAGGCUUCAGGCAAGAUUGCCAGCAUUUGGAAUAGCGUUUAGUCUGAUCCUGAUAGGGAAAGGACAGAGCAGGACAAUCAGGUGUAGCAGAUCUGAGAGUGGAACUGAGUGAAAAAGCUUCCUAUUCCAUGGCUUGUCCCUGCUGUUCUGGCAACCAGCUCAGAAGCAAAACAAAUCAACCUUAUGAUCAGGCUUGUUUUUUCAUUCCAUGGGUAAGUCAACAACCCUCCUUAAAUCUUUACUUUAGGAUUGGCAAAAGACCUCCUGAUAAAAGGAGGGCCUGGCAGUCCUGGAUUCAUCAGAGGUGGAAUGGCUGAGGUUCUCAUGGGCCCCAGCUUUCCAGAAUGCCCUCUAUUUAUGGCAUGUUAAUUGGUGUCAGAAUUGGGAUAGUGCAGUAUUGGAAAAAAACAAACCAGAGCACUGAAUGAAACAGAAGACAGACUUAACAACCAGAAAGAGGGAGUUUGGACCUAGGGGACUAGAGCACUCCAGGAUAUUGUAAAGGUACUCUCUACAGAUGCCUGGACCCACACAAGAGCUUACAUAAGGAUGUUAGACACGGAAAAGGAUCAUUAACAGAGGUCGAUUGAUCUUUCCUCAAAAUAGAUGUGUGUAUUUAAAAUAUUUUGGUAACAAAAAUUUUAACCAAAAUUAAAAAUGUAAUUUUUAAAUUAAUUUUGUUUUAACAAAAACAAAGCCACUCAUUCUCUCUCUUUCUCUCUCUCUCACACACACACAGUGUCAAAGAUGGCAAAAUAUUGCUGCUUUGGUUGGGUCACAUUUAGUCCCUCAAAACCAGCUUCUGAGAGAAGGCAGCUGAGAAGAGAACUUGGUUUUGUUUAUCAGAAUCACAGAACAGCCAGGUGUGAGUUCUUGGUGAGCUGUCCAUCAUCCUCAUUUCUCUAUGUCCAAGUAAUUUGGUGCAUGGGUGGAGGGCCCUUUGCGGGUACAAGUGUGGGUGACCAGAAAAGAUGAGCAGAUCCAGCAGGAGACUGGAGGCACAGCUGGGAUAGAGCUCUGGGAAAGCAUGGGGGCCUAACUGAGGGGCCUUGAGGUUCCUGUUUGCUGGGUGACCUGUCUUGCAGCUGUGGGAGAGGGCAGUGUAUAUGCCAAGCCCAAUUAAAAUGAUGUAGACUUCUACCCAGCCACAUAGGCCUCUCCUCCAGAACUAUUUUGGUCUGUAUAGAGAAAUUAGGCUUGUUUGGGAAAGCUGCUGCUGCUGCUGCUGCUGCUGCUGCUGCUGCUGCUGCUGCUGCUGCUGCUGUACACUCUUUAACAUUCUCUGAAAGGCCCAGUUUUCUUCCUCGUGACAUUCUGCAAGGGACAGGAAGGAAGCUAUAUUAGAGGAACUGUUGGCACAUUUCUGGGAACUGGCAUCAGCAGGCAGAAAUUAGAGAAUGGCUGUGUUCACGCAACACGCUUAGCUUGGUUAUUGAAUUUACCCAUUUUCUAAGUUCAGUACAUUCACCCUAGACUAACACCAUGCUAAACCACAAAAACAAAACUAAAACUAACCUAGCUUCACAUGUUGUGUAAAUGUAGCUGCUGGGUCUUUGACCUAGUGUGUGAACACACCCAUGAUGUGUCUAGGCAUCUAAGCGAAGCUGUGACUGAGGUGAGACAUGCAAUACCAAACACAAGGCAGAGCAGAGCAGAGCAUUCUUCCAGAUGGAAACCAAAGGCAAGUCAGCCAGUAUUCUCCCUGGGAUGCAGAGACAAGGUGUGUGUUACAAAGGUAUUGGAGCAAACCUUCCCUCCCACCAUUAUUCCCGGAUGCUUUCAAUUGGCCUUGGCCCUCACUGAUUAUGGCUUGCCAUACUGCAGUCAUUGUGAACAUGUUAUCACUGGGGUAGCAGUGAUACUGUACAAAAAUAUGGAAGGCAAGCCACAUGUGCCGAUUGUUACCAAGAUGUAGUGGAGGACCGUGUUUUGCUAUUGAGAGAGAAAAGAGGAAGCAGAAUUUCUCUAGAAACCAUGAUGUGGGAAGCAAGGAAACUCUGCACUGUGUACGUGUGAAUGUAUGCAUGUGUUUUCUUUUUGACACAUUCAUCCUGGAUCUCAAACAAUACUAGCUCUACAACUGGCAAUUAAUCUUGUCUACUGCACAGCACACCAAAACUUAAGCUUGGUACAAUGAAAACCAAUGUGAGGAUGAAUGUAAUAAUUCCAGUUUACAACUCUUUUCCCACUCAUAUGCAUGGGUGAAUGUGUAUGUGUGUGAGAGAGCUUCUGAGUGUGUGAAUGCAAAUGUUUUCAUUAAAGUUUGUUAAAAUAUAUGGGAGAUCCUGUACAUGUCGGGAACAAGUCAAAUAGAAAGCUGUAAACUAGAAGCCAUGUUUUCUCAUCUGCCAAAUAUUUAAUAAAUGAGUCCUAUCCA